AUGGUCAACUCCUGUCUGUGUCUCAACUCCGCCAACAUUCAUGGCAAGCUAAAUGGACACACUGGUAACAGUGGACCAGGGGAAAACAAUAAAAGCAGGUUAAAAAAGCCAGAAGAUCUGGAAGUUCUUCAAAGACUGAAGAGAAUAGAAGACCAAGUUCAUAAAAUAGCUAAAUUCAUAGAAGUUGAUGAGGCUGUCGUAAAACAGAAAGAUACAAAGAAAACGAAGGUGAAGAAGUUAUAUCCAAAGUCAGCUCUUUUUAAAAUCUGGGGAGCUGAACUGACAGAAGAGGAACAGAUGGAAGCAGAGAAACUGUUUCAGGAGUUUGGAUACAAUGUUUUCCUCAGUAACAGAUUACCAUUGAAUAGAUCAAUCCCUGAUACUCGAGACCCCAGAUGUGCUUUGAAGAUCUACCCUAAGGACUUGCCAAGCAUUAGUGUAAUUCUGAUUUAUCUGAAUGAGGCUCUGUCAGUCAUUAAAAGAGCCAUUCAGAGCAUCAUUGACAAAACUCCUGCUCAUCUGCUAAAGGAGAUCGUCCUGGUAGACGACAACAGCUCCAAUGAGGAUCUAAAAUUGCCUUUAGAUGAAUAUGUCAGUCUAUUUAAUAAAACCAAACCUGGAUUAAUCAAGAAAGUGCGACACAAAAGGCAGAUGGGUCUCGCAAAGGCAAGAAUGUCAGGCUGGGAAGCGGCCACAGGUCAAGUGGUCGCCAUUUUGGAUGCCCACAUUGAAGUUCAUAAAGAAUGGGCAGAGCCACUUCUUACACGAAUUAAAGCAGACAGGACAACUGUAUUGUCACCAGUGUUCGACAAAGUGUUUUUUGACACACUGGAGGUUACUAAGUAUAGUCCUGCUGCUCAUGCGUUUAAUUGGAACCUUUGGUGCAUGUACGAAUCCUUCCGACCAGAAUGGUACAAACUCAAAGACCCAUCAGAACCAGGGAAGAGUCCCUCAGUCAUGGGUAUCCUUGUCGCUGACCGUCAGUUUCUGGGAGAAAUUGGAGUUUUGGACGAAGGAAUGACAAUUUAUGGUGGUGAAAAUGUAGAACUGGGAAUUCGUGUCUGGCUCUGUGGUGGGAGUGUUGAAGUGGUGCCGUGUUCAAAGAUUGCGCACAUUGAAAGAGCACAUAAGCCUUAUUCACCAGAUCUCAGCAAACCCAUGAUCCGAAACGCAUUGAGAGUGGCUGAAAUCUGGAUGGAUGAAUAUAAAUCCAAUGUGAAUAUCGCCUGGAAUCUGCCUCUGAAGGAUCAUGGGAUUGACAUUGGUGAUGUGACUGAAAGAAAACAAUUACGGGAAAAACUCAAAUGUAAACCCUUCAAAUGGUAUCUGGAAAAUGUCUAUCCUCAACUUGACAGAUGGGACGAUAUAAUGGGUUAUGGUGCGUUGGAGAAUGACCUUUUUGAAAACCAUUGCAUUGAUCAAGGGCCUGUUCCUGGAAGUGUGCCUAUUCUCUAUGGGUGUCAUUACUACAGCCCUCAGCAUUGUUACUACAGACUUAAUGGAGAGAUCUAUGUUGGCGGCAUUAAAUCUCACACUUACAACUCUAACCGUUGUCUAACGGAUCCUGGUAAUGGAAAUAUGCCAACUUUACAUAACUGUAAGAAUGCCAAGCAGAAAGGAUUGAGUAUUUACUGGGACUUCACUCAGACAAAAUAUGAGCUCCCUCAUCCUCCAUAA